CCUUCACGACAUCAAUGGAUCACCAGAUCUGUUAGAUGCACGAAACGACCAAUUGAUGUACUUCAACCGCUCGAGAAUAGGACUUUUGCGGAUAUCACACCAAGGCCGAAUUCGGUGUCUAGGAAAGAUGGCUCAGCAACAGCCAAAGAUCAACCGCAUCUCCCCAUUAUCGGCCGAGGAAGCAAAAUGGACCGAAUUGAAGAAGAUCGAAUGGACCGACCAAACCGGCCGUAAUCGCGUAUGGGAGGCCGCAGCACGCAAGACCAGGGGCAAGACAGGCAUCGACGCCGUAGCCAUUGCCCCAAUCCUACGCCACCCCAACCGGCCGCCCUCAACCCUUAUCAUCCUGCAGUAUCGUCCACCCGUCGAAGCGACAUGCGUGGAGUUCCCCGCUGGACUAAUCGACGAGGGCGAAACGCCCGAACAGGCUGCCAUCAGGGAGCUGAAGGAGGAAACUGGGUAUGAGGGAAAGGUAGUUGAUUGUUCUCCAACUAUUGUCGCCGAUCCGGGGUUGACGACGGCGAAUAUGCAG